AUGAGUAGUUUAAAAGCAAUUAUAAAAAGUGUUGAUAUGCCUGAUAUAAUGCAACAAGAUGCUGUAGAUAUAUGUGCUAUGGCAAUUAAAAAAUAUUCAAUGGAAAAAGAUAUUGCAGCAUUUAUGAAAAAAGAAUUUGAUCGAAAAUAUUCACCUAGUUGGCAUUGUAUAGUUGGAUCACAUUUUGGAACGUAUAUUUCACAUGAAGCAAAACAUUUUAUUUAUUUCUUUUUGGAUAAUCAUGCUGUUGUAUUAUUCAGAACUGGAACAAUCAAUUGA